AUAUAACAUUUAGCUGACUUAACCACAGGCUUCUUAGUGUUUAUGUUAAUAACUGCGUAAAGAAUCAACAGUCAUAUAUUUAGCCAAAGGAUAUUCCUGUGUAACUUCAACAACAGUGGGAUGACGCAGUAUGAGCAGUGUUUGGUGUGGGUUUUUUUGGAAGCUGUCCUCAGUUCUGCCCGGUGACCUGUGCUUCACUUCCAGGUCAGCGCCUUCUGCGGGUCCUCGGCACUCCCAACAAUGUAUCCCUUACAGGAGAGAGGGGAGAGCUGGCGCAGCAGCGAGUCCCUCUGGAGGCUCUUCAAAACACAGUUACCAUGGACACAAACUUGACCGGGAGAGGAGUGACUGUGUGUGUGUGUGUGUGUGUGUGUGUGUGUGUGUGUGUGUGUGUGUGUGUGUGUGUGUGUGUGUGUGUGUGUGUGUGUGUGUGCGGGUGCAGUUUGCAUGUGUGUGUUUUUUGCAAGUCUGAACUCCAAAAAGCUCCAAAUUACGCACAAGAUUUCUGCUAAUAAACAUAAAUCCAAACUUUAAACGCCAGAGCGCAUCGACUCCUUCUCCGGUUGCUUCACCGCCUGCAGCCGUGCAGCGUGAUUGACUGCCAGCAAUCUGAUCCGGUGAAAGACAUUGACAACCAAUAGGAGAGCGGGAGCGCGGCUUGUUUCCAUGGGAGGCCCCGGGGAGGCGAUGCCAAGCCUCGCUAGAAAGCAACGCAGCGAGCAGGGGGGAGAAGCGCAGGCGAGCAGCCGGGACUGUGGAGAUCCUGCGAGCCGCUCCGUGGCACUCUGCAAGCGGAUGAAUAAAAGCGAGGUCGCUAGGGUGACCGGACAGGAGACUCUGCAGAUCGCUCAUCUUUUAAAGCCACAGCGGCGCAGAAUGGAUGGAUUUCACGACCAGCAGGUGCCUUAUUGUAACUCCAAAAAGCCGCAGGAGAAGACAACGAGCUGCCAGAGGCCGGCACAUGACAGAAAGAGAAAAUUCAUUAAGUCUGACCUGGCUCUGGACACUGAAGAGCUCUUCCAGGACCUCAGUCAGCUGCAGGAGACUUGGCUGGCAGAAGCUCAAGUUCCCGACAAUGACGAGCAGUUCGUUCCAGACUUCCAGACUGAAAACUUGGCUUUCCACGGACUGCAGCUGAAGAUCAAGAGGGAGCUGCACAGCCCGUGUUCAGAGCUGAGCUCCAACUGUAGUCAGGAGCGGCCCUUCAAGCUCCAGUAUGGAGAGAAGUGCCCGUACAACAUCAGUGCCUAUGAGCAGAAGCAGCCUGCAGGAAUGAAGCCCUCCAGCCCAGUGACGCCCCCUUGUAGCACCCCCGUGUCCCCCCUCCAUCAUGCCUCACCCACGGCGGCCCCGACGCCCAAACCAGACAGGACCUACGCCCACAUACCGUCCUCACAGCCGCUCCCUGACAACGCCUACUCAAUGGACCACAGAUUUCGACGUCAGCUCUCUGAGCCAUGCCACUCGUUCCCCUCCCCGCCGACUAUGGCUCGGGACGGACGGCCCAUCUACCACAGACAGAUGUCAGAGCCCAACAUCCCGUUCCCUCCUCAAGGCUUCAAGCAGGAGUAUCCCGACCCUCUGUUCGAGCACCCGGCCAUGAUGGGGGCGCCGCUACCCCACGCGUACCCUGCCUCCAUGAUGAUCAAACAGGAGCCGCGAGACUUCACCUACGACUCAGCAGAAGUGCCUAGCUGCCAUUCUGUCUACUUACGGCAAGACGGCUAUCUGGCUCACACCAACAGGACUGAAGGUUGUAUGUUUGACAAAGUGGUGAGGCAUUUCUACGAUGACACCUGCGUGGUGCCAGAGAAGGUUGAAGGUGACAUCAAGCAGGAGUCAGGCCUGUACCGCGAGGGCCCGUCGUACCAGCGCAGAGGCUCGCUGCAGCUCUGGCAGUUCCUGGUGGCUCUGCUGGACGACCCGUCCAACUCCCACUUCAUCGCCUGGACCGGCCGCGGCAUGGAGUUCAAACUCAUCGAGCCCGAGGAGGUUGCGCGUCGAUGGGGGAUACAGAAGAAUCGACCGGCGAUGAAUUACGACAAGCUCAGCCGAUCGUUGCGCUACUACUACGAGAAGGGAAUCAUGCAAAAGGUGGCCGGCGAGAGAUACGUCUACAAGUUUGUGUGCGACCCCGAGGCCUUGUUCUCCAUGGCGUUCCCCGACAACCAGCGGCCGGUGCUGAAGACGGACAUGGAGCGGCAGAUCAACGAGGAGGACACGGUGCCGCUGUCGCACUUUGACGAAAACAUGACCUACGUACAGGAGGGGCCGUACUGCCAGCCGCACCCCUACAGCGAGGGCUAUGUUUAUUAACGUCAGCCCCACAACCACACACACACUCACACACACACACACACUCUCACACACACAGACACACACCUCCACUCCUCCCCCGCCUCCUCCAUCGAUACACCUGAGACUGUCGUGUCCUCUAAUUCACAGUCGCUCCGGGGAUAAGACUGAACACACACACACACACAUACACACACACACACACACACAUGCAGCGGAGCUUCCCCUCUCUUCCUCUCUCUCUCCGUCUCUCUCACAUAAACACAUCCUCCUUUUUCGCUCUUUCUGACGUCCACAGCAGGAUGGAGAGUGCACUUUAUGGACAGGAACGGCGCGGCGUUGACCUGCCAGGGGCUCGCCAUGUGGUUGGCUUUUUAAAACCGCUGUUUUAUGUUUGUACAUUAAUGUGGAGAUCAUUCUUGUUUUUCGUUAUGAUUUGGAGCAUGUGGCGCCCUCUCCUCUCCCCUCCCCCCACUCGGCGAGACAGGACUCAACGGCUAAUUCAUGCCGUCACACACGAACUGAAUCUUUAGACUUUCCUGCAAAAAUUGGAAGGAUGAUCACUUUUGUCCUUUUUUUUUUUUUUGAGUUUGUCCUCGAACAGCCAGUACUUGUACCUUCAUGCUCACUUAAGUGAAUAAUGGCGACUGGUAUUGUGACGAUACUUUAACGGUGAAGUGACACGAUUAUAGACUUGAAGAAGCAACGCGAUGGCAGAAGACGUUUAGCUCCCGUCGGUGAGAAACCGCCUCACCACCAGUUUGAUGCACAGCACCUCCUGUCUGUCAGCGAUCUCCGCGCCCUCGUCCAAUCAAACUGUAGAUCUCAUCGUGUAGGUGUGUUUUGUUUUUGUUUGUUUGUUUUUUUUGCUGUAACGACAUAAACUGGAAUCGUCCUCUCAGUGCUCGACGAGACUCUGGCACUCCGCGGGGACGCACUCGACGGAUACUCUUCUCUCUGCAUCACAUGUGAACGGCCGGUUGUGUUUUUAGGAUAAUCAAUAAAGCUGCAGGCCGCUGUAAAAUAACUCAUCCACUGUAAAACAGCAG